AUGGAAGAAAAAUGUGAGGAGAUGAUCCCUUUGGAUAGAGAAGAUGCUGAUAUUGUGGAAAGACUAGGCCUCAAGGGUUUGUUUCUAUCUUUUGCAUGUGUCAGAAGAGGUAGAAGGGUGAAGAAGAAGGUUCAAAGGGAGGGCAGAUGGCUACCUCCUCCUGAAGAUAUUUUGAAGAUCAAUACUGAUGGUUGUUUGUGUGGUAAUCUAGGUUCAACGUGGAUUGGUGGAGUAGGAAGAGACUGGACAGGUGGUAGAAUUCUGUUCAACCUUGCAAAAGAGAGAAGUUCUUCCUCUCUUCCCAGGUCUUCUGGAUUCUGGUCCAUGAAGCGGCACUUGAGGAAUCUGAGCCCCACCCCAGCAAAUGCUCUAUGUUUGUCCAGCUCCUUACCUUUCAGGUCUAGUAGAAAAGGAGUGUUUAAGAUGUUGCAACAUCCUGACGAAAAGGACAGACAAGAACUAAGCACCAAACUGGGUCUCACAUCACAGCAAAUUAAAUUCUGGUUUCAGAACCGGCGCACCCAAGUAAAGGUUCAGCAGGAGCGUACUGACAACGCUAAUUUGCGUACGGAAAACGAGAGAUUCCGACUGGAUAGACAGGCGCUGAGAAAUACACUUAACAAUAUCAGGUGUCAAACGUGCGGAGGAUCUAAUUUCAUGACAGACAUGGUUUACGAACAGCAAAGCUUGGCUCUAGAAAAUGAGCUUUUAAGAACGGAGAUUGAAAAACUGAAUGCAGUUGCCUCGAAUUGUGUUGGAAGAACAAUCCCCUUGUUAGAAACCAGAGCAGAUCAAUCACAGAUGAUGUACUCUUCACACCAUGAAGAGGGAAGCUCAGGACAGAACCAGAUUACAUUGCCCACACCCACUUGUGUUUCAUUGGAUGAAUCCUCGGCAAUGGAAGCUGCGCAAAAGGCCACUGAAGAAUUUAUCUGGAUGGUAGACGCAAACGAGCCUGUUUGGGUGAAGAAACCUUUUGCGGAUGGUACAAUAGAAAUUCUGAAUACGAAUCAGUUGUACGGAACAUUUCCUCAGGGCAUGGGGCUCAGCAGCAACAUGAAGAGAGAAGGUAGCAGGGACACCUCAAUUGUUUCUAUCACGGGAGCUGAAUUGGUUGAUCUCUUCAUGGAUGUGAAUAAAUGGAAGAAAAUAUUUUCAUUAAUUGUAACAAGAGCAGAGACCUUGCAAGUUGUGUCUCAAGGGGUUGGUGGUCACAGAAAUGGUUUACUUCAACUGAUGUAUGCUGAGCUACAGAUUCUAUCUCCUCUUGUUCCCACGAGACAUAUAUCUUUUCUUCGGUUUUCCCAGCAGCCAACCAAUGGAAUGUGGAUAGUGGUAGACUUUUCUCUAGAAAAUUUGAACUACAGUAUUUCGCCCUCCGUUGGAUGGUACCAUAAGCAUCCGUCUGGAUAUGUUAUACAAGAUAUGCCUAAUGGGUGUUCAAAGGUGAUUUGGAUAGAGCAGGGUGAGACAGAUUAUAGAAUAGUUCAUAAAAUAUUUGAGCAAGUCAUCAACAGCGAAAUGGCCUUUGGCGCCCAGCAUUGGCUGACAUGCUUGCAGAGGCAAUGCUGUUGGUUUAAAACUCUAGUAGAUCUCACCAGCGAAGGAGAUGUUUCCCGGACAAAUUUGAUAAGAUUGGCGCAGAACAUAAGCAGUCAAUUUGUUGCAAACAUAAGUGCACUCUCACAAUUCAGCAACGACCCUAUUAAAAUCACAACAAGAAACGCUUCCGAAGUGGGACAAUCCAGUGGUGUUAUUGUCUGUGUUGGAACUUCUAUCAAGCUUACUGUCCCCCCAAACGUACUGUUUAAUUUUUUGGGGGAUGAGCGAACCGCAUCAAAGUACAAACUAUUCUCAUGUGGAGAAUGGAAGGAACUCACAAGCAUUGGAAAUGGAUCAGACCCUUCAAGUUGCGUUUCAUUGUUUGAUGUUUAUUGUGAAGGCGAGACAGAGAAGAUGCUGAAACAUAGUUACAGAGACGCAUCGGGGUCUUUUUGUGUGUAUACAGCCAUAAAUGUUGACAUCAUCCAUGGUAAGGAUGCUUCUUCAUUACCCAUUGCCGCUCAUCAUGGAUUUGCAGUACUACCAUAUCAUACUUCAACUGCCGUUAAUUCACUUAUUCCAACCACUAUAUUACAUGAGGAAGCCUCGGCCACCAGCCUUGACAGUGUAUUUGGUUGCAGCCAUACCUCUGUUGUCCUUGUAACAGAUCAUAGAAUAGUGGAGGUUACUAUAACUGUAAGAUUUUCAAUAUAG